AUGAUCCGGAAGAAUAUCCAGAAGUACGCCAAGCGUAAGAACGUUCCCGCAUCCAAAGAAGCUGGCCCGCAAGAUCGCAUCAGGAUGCGAACGACCAAAACCUGGGCAGGCACGUCCAUGGGUUCCAUGGAAGAUUACGAUCUGGAGGAUAGCGAACUGACAGCCGAAACCGGCGGCAGUAAUGCGCCACCAACUCCCACGCCUUGUGCGUCGCGUGCCACCGGGCCCAAUUUGCUUCUGCCGCCUUCGGCCAGUGGCACAUCGGAACAGUCGUCAAGUUUGGAACCAUCUGCGACUGCAGUUUCCCUGCAAAAUGGAUCGCUGUCUGACGUGAAUGACGGCGGAAUGACGAAGGCCAACACUCAUUUUAUGCGGAAAUUGCCGCCUGAUGUGGAAGCCUCCAACAUUAUGAUCGGAGAGCUUGAUUUCUUGGAACGCCCCAUCAUGGCCUUCAUACGUUUGAACAAUUCGACUUUGUUGGGAGAUUUGACAGAAGUUCCGGUUCCUACUAGAUUCCUUUGUUUUGUACUUGGACCACCUGAUGGGCGAUCAUCUCGUUACCGGGAGAUCGGUCGUUCGAUGGCCACGUUAAUGUCUGACGAGAUUUUCCACGUCAUCGCCUACAAGGCCAAGAGGCGCGAUCACUUGCUCGCGGGGUUGGAUGAAUUCCUGGACUCCGUCACGAUCCUGCCUCCGGGCGAGUGGGACCCUGCCAUUCGUAUCGAACCGCCGAACAGCAUCCCUUCUCAGGAACCAAGGAAGCACGGUGAUGUGCAAAAGGAGAAGAUCGACGAGGAAGAUUUGGAGCGGAAGCUUCGGGAAGAAGCCGGAUUAACGCGCACUGGAAGGCUCUUUGGUGGAUUAAUCAAUGACGUUAAACGCAAAUGGCCUUGGUAUCUCUCGGACUUCACGGAUGCCCUCUCAGUCCAAUGCGUCGCGUCGUGGAUUUUCCUCUACUUCGCAUGCUUGACACCGAUCAUAACGUUUGGAGGAUUGCUCGGGGAAGCGACAGGCAACAACAUGGCCGCUAUGGAGUCGCUGGUGUCGGGUGCUGUGGUCGGCGUCACGUAUGCUUUGUUUUCUGGACAACCGCUCACAAUACUCGGCAGCACAGGACCUGUGCUGGUCUUCGAAACCAUUCUCUACGACUUCUGCUCGCGUAAUGAAUGGGAAUACCUAUCUUUCCGAAUGUGCAUCGGGAUCUGGGUUGGGAUAUUGCUGGUCCUUAUGGUGGCGUUGGACCUGUCAUACACAGUGUGUUACAUCACUCGGUUCACGGAAGAGAACUUCGCGUGUUUGAUUGCCUUCAUUUUCAUCUACAAGGUCAGUCAAGCGAGACAGUUAAACGCCAUCGAGAAGGUUAUAUUGAUCGGCGAAAAAUAUCCGAUCAAUACGUCGGGUCAUUUUCCGGAUUACACGUGCCGGUGCAACUCCACCAAUGAAACCAUCCAGGCUCAGCUAAGAAAUGACGAUCCUUUCAAUGGGCAAUGGGGAUUGGCUCCGAAGGAUGAAUGCGAGCUGAAAUACGAUGGCAUCCUUUUUGGAUCUGGAUGCGAUACCCCAGUGUAUCAACCCGACGUGUUUUUGAUGUCGAUCCUGCUUUUCAUGGGAACUUUCACCGUGUCCGUUAUCCUGAAGAAUAUUCGAUCGGCACGUUUCUUUCCGACGAAGGUGCGCUCCGUAAUGAGCGAUUUCGCUGUGAUCAUUGCCAUUGGGUCGAUGUCACUGCUCGACUACGUCGUGAAUAUCAAGACUCCGAAGCUGACGGUUCCGAGCACGUUUGCACCUACGUUGCCAGAUCGAGGUUGGGUCGUGACGCCUCUGGGCGGGAAGAACCCGUUCUGGUCGCCUCUGGCCGCCUUUUUGCCCGCGCUGUUGGCCGUCAUUCUCAUCUUCAUGGACCAGCAAAUUACCGCCGUCAUCGUGAAUCGUAAAGAAAAUCGCCUGAAGGUGCGUCUGGAAAUUAUUUGGCGCCCUCAACUCACGACUCGCGAGCAGAAAGGCUGCGGCUAUCAUUUGGAUCUGUUCGUGCUGGCUCUCCUCAUCAUCGUGUGCAGUUGCAUGGGGAUUCCUUGGUUCGUUGCCGCAACGGUGCUGUCCAUUAAUCACGUCAACUCGUUGAAAAUGGAAUCAGAAUGUGCUGCCCCCGGGGAAAAACCGCAAUUUCUCGGCGUCAGGGAGCAACGCGUGACUCCGCUUCUCAUCUUCUUGACCAUCGGACUUUCGGUUUUCCUGACUUCGGUGCUAAAACACAUUCCGAUGCCGGUUCUAUUUGGCGUGUUUCUGUAUAUGGGCGUAUCAUCGUUGAACGGGUUGCAGUUUUUCGACAGGCUCAUGAUCAUGUUUAUGCCACCGAAAUACCAACCGGACUAUUAUUUCUUGCGUCAGGUUCCAUUGAAGCGUGUGCAUAUUUUUACGCUUAUUCAACUUGUCUGCUUUGCGGUCCUGUGGAUCAUCAAGUCGUUCAAGCAAACAUCCAUAUUGUUCCCGAUCAUGUUGGUCGUGAUGAUAGCCGUGAGGAAAAUUUUGGACUUCCAGUUUAAGCCAGAAGAGCUUAAGGUGCUUGAUGACUUGAUGCCGGAUUUCAAGCGUCGGACAAUCGAAGAAAAAGAUGAGGACGAAGAUGGUGCCGAUGAUGGAGAUAUUCCACCGGAUGGCAAACUCGGAUCUCUGAGGAUGGGUCCAUCCGGAAACUUGUCAAUUCCCUUGGCCAACGGCAAUAUAAUGAAAAUCCCUGCUAAUGUCAUCAAUAUCUCUGAAGAGUUGGACAAAUCAGGAGUUUGGAAACAUGUGAAUUCGGAGAACGACCUUAGGGCAAAUGGGAAGGGUGAAUCGAAGGCAAGAAAUCGAGCUGCGAAUGAAAAGGGCUCCAGUGACGAGCAUAAACGUCUUUCGCACGUCCCGGAGGAAGAUGAGGAUGAUGUGGGGAUCACAAUUAAGCUUGUUUUGGUGAACCACUCUGCAGCAGCCACCUUUUAA